AUGACAUUGUCAACCUUAUCAAGGAGGAAUCAAUACACAGCAAUGUAUGCCAUUACAAAUAUAAUUCACUCUUCAUGCAUAUGCACACACAGACACACACACACUCACAUCCACAAAAUCUAUAUAAUAUGACCCCAUGUUUGUGCAGCUCAUAGAUGCAUAUGCUAAACUGUUGCAUGAACAACAAGAGGUGGUCAACCCAACUUCGGAUGAAGCCUCAUUGAUCUUCACGAGCAUGUGUUUGAAAGUGAUACGAGAGUACCAUCCUCGCAAAAGGAGUAAACACAUUGACGCACAUGUCAAAAACUACCAAGGAGAGAGAUACCUACUAUUCCCAUUGCAUCAUGAGUACCACUGGACGAUAGUUGUGUAUGAUGCUAAAGACAAUUUGUGGAAGCAUUACAACUCGUUGCGCCCAAGAACAAGCAUACAUGACCCGCAUAUCGACCAAGCACAGGAAAUUAGGAACUACAUUGAGCAUGUUGUGAGCGUUAUUGGCGAGUCAUCACCGCUACACACUAAGUUAGCAGGCCAAAAUCCAGCACAACCAACCAAAAGUGUUGAUGUCUGUCCUCAGCAAGGCGACGACUCGUAAGCCUCACUACAUUUUU